AUGCCUUUCACGAUCUUGAACCGACCGUGGUCUCUUCAAGGGGAUCAAGAAUGGGAUACUCCUCUCGGUCGCCUUGUUGAAUUCGAUGCAUGCGGCGUGCAUAACCCCGAGUUAUGUGUGGUGGAAGAGGUUGUAGAAGAGGCGGGUACUGGAAAUCGGUACAUUCACUUCAGGAUUCAAUCGGGAGCUAUGAUAGAACUGCCGCUGGAUUGUGCUAUACUCCGACCUCGAUGUGACGGUGUCCCAGUUAAUGCACUUUUCUCUACUUUGCGAGUGAGGUUCGACGGCGACAAGGGUACUCUUCACAUGUGGUUCAAUCCACGGGGCAAAUAG